CUCCAUCGCCAGCUACUCUCCCCCCUCCUUCCCUGCUCUCACUCCCACCUCCUCUACCUCUCUACGCUGGACUCAAAUGCUACUAACACCGGUAGGUUUAGCUACUGUCGUUCUGUCAGCCAAAGAUACAGAGUAAAAGGCUUUGAUUUCACACCCCAACCAUACCGGGAGAAAAUAUCGGAAACGCUCAAUGUGAUAUCCCCCAACUCGAGCUAACAGCAACUGCAAGCGCACGAUUAGCCAGCAUAACUCCACUUGGACAGCAACACACUGCUGUAAUCAGCUGACCACCGAGUGACUAGCUAACAGACAGAUUGACACUUUGACCAGCCGGGGCUUCAGAUAAAUGGCUGACAAGCAGAUCAGUUUGCCUGCCAAAUUGAUCAAUGGGGGGAUCGCUGGCCUGAUUGGAGUGACCUGUGUGUUUCCCAUUGACCUGGCCAAGACUCGCUUGCAAAACCAGCAAAAUGGAUCUCGCCUUUACACCAGCAUGUCAGACUGCCUUAUUAAGACCAUCCGGUCGGAGGGGUAUUUUGGGAUGUACAGAGGAGCGGCGGUGAACUUAACACUAGUCACGCCAGAGAAAGCCAUCAAAUUGGCUGCUAACGACCUCUUCAGGCACCACCUCUCCAAGGAUGGAAAACUCACUCUGCUCAAAGAGAUGCUGGCUGGCUGCGGGGCCGGUACAUGCCAGGUUAUUGUUACAACUCCUAUGGAGAUGCUGAAAAUCCAGCUCCAAGAUGCUGGACGAAUUGCGGCUCAGAGGAAGCUGAUGCCAGAGACGGUAGCAGCAGGUACUGUGGAGACCAAGUCUCCAACAGCCAUUCAGCUCACCAGAGAACUAUUUAGGGAAAAGGGUAUUGCUGGGCUGUAUAAGGGCCUGGGUGCCACCGUGCUCAGGGAUGUUCCUUUCUCCAUGAUCUAUUUCCCCCUUUUUGCCAACCUGAACAGCCUGGGCAAAAGAGGCGUAGACGGGCCCGCCCCCUUCUACGUGUCGUUCAUAUCGGGCUGCCUCGCGGGGAGCACAGCGGCCGUUGCUGUCAACCCUAUUGAUGUGAUAAAGACCAGAUUGCAGUCGCUGAACCGAGGAAGCACAGAGGACACGUACAGUGGAGUGAAUGACUGUAUCAGGAAAAUCCUGCGUAAUGAGGGACCAUCAGCCUUCCUGAAGGGAGCCUACUGUCGAGCCUUGGUCAUUGCGCCUCUGUUCGGCAUCGCCCAGGUGGUCUACUUCUUGGGUGUGGCUGAAUAUAUUAUCAGCUUCUUGACUAAAAAAGACAACUAAGAAGCACUUCUGCCUUUCCCUCCCACAAUGCAUCACGCUCACCGCGUUCAUCUCAUUCUGAAAGAAAUUUUCGAUGGGUCAAAGCGUGGCCGGUCAGUACAUGUUGUUUUGAAUUUGUUGUGUUGAAUGUUGAAAUAGCUGAGGAGGGGGAGCCUUUGUUUGCCAAGCUGCCUACGGUGGCACGCAACAAUCCAGUAGGCACGCUGAGCUAGCUCUCUGGAAACGAAGCCACAAAUAUCAGUUGACGUUUUAAAGGAAUAUUGCUUUAUAAUUACAGCAUUUUAUUGCAUUUUGUGAAAAUGAUUGUCGAAUUUCCAAAGUAGAUGUACUGCCCUUGGUUGCUGCAGUUCUGCAAGCCCGACACUACCUAAUUCACACAGCAUUAGUCUCUGAAUGACAGAGAAGAUCAUAGUGAUCAUACAUCGCUAGAUUAAAUGCAUGUACUUUACUUAGAAAGAUAUUUGAAAACAUAAGAAUAGAAUAUUUUCUAAAAAAUGCUAUUCAAAGAAUUCCCCCAGACAUUAUGUCUUAAAAAAUAGUAUAUUUAGAAUGAGAGCAAAACAUAGAGUAAGCCUGAGUUUCAGACAAAGACCCCGGGAAUGCGUUACCGUGAUACCAGCACAGCCCCUCUGAUCUCUCCUCAGAAGCCCCAUCCCUUCCUGUAAGUGCUUGUAAUGAACUCAGAACCAUUCAGCUCCAUGCAGACUUUGAUUGCCUUAGCUUUCCAAGUAGAUCAGGUUCCAUUUGAUAUUUAGUGCUACCACAAUGGUUUGACUGUUUUGCCUCAGUGAAAAAGAUAGCUCCUGUUUCGUAGUCGCACCCUAAACUGAAGGGACCGUGUUCGGAAAUUGGGGGCUUUACGCACUUCCAAACUACACGUACGCAUAGUUUGAAGCUGCCUCUCUGCUGCUUUCUAUGGGUUGAAACUGUCAAGCAUGUCAUAGUUGUGGCCACACCCCAAUCAGAGACGUCACAGCAGGAGUGUUGCCUUCGAGAGAUGAUGGAAAACACCUGCUGUGACAUCACUGAUUGGAUUGCGGCUAAAAGUGCUGUGUGCGCGUAAAAAGUGUCAGUCCACAGAGAGCAGAGAGGCAGUGGUUUUCAGCCCUGUGCUGAAAAUUGUGGUUCAGAUGAAAGCGUUAGCCGUGAGCACUAAAUGGGUUUUAAUAGGAUGCAGGUUAUUAGCUGAUUUUAUUUGAAUUAUGCUGAUCAGACAUGACAUGCUGAGGCCUCAUGAGUACAGUCAUCCAUUGUGGAGCCAGUAAGACCUGAGCUGGAACAGUUCAAACCACUUAGCUCCACAAGUAAUUAUUAUUGUUUACAGAUGAGUUCACACUCACUUUAGAUUCUUUGUCUGAACUAGAAUUCAUUGGCAGAACCCGAAGAGCUGAUUUUCUUCCUCAGAAAAUCAAACCGACGUGUUUUCAGCGUGUUCUAUGAUUUUACCAAACAUCUCGGCUUGUUUGUUUUAGAGGUUUUGUUUGCUUUAAGCUGCGAGGGGGAAAGCAGCUCUGUCGUAUCUUGUUUAUGCAUCAGGACACUGAAGCCCUGCCAUUGGUUCAUCUCGCCGGAGAUCAAGGUGACUUUGAUAUGUAUUAUCCAAUCACAUUCCUUCCUCGCUCCCACUGUCCAAGCAGCUCCUCAAUUCUACUGUUGCACUGUCGACACGCGAUUGCGACUUUCCGAUGUUUUAUCAUUUGUGGGAGCGAGUGAUCUAUUUAUCAGAAACCCUUUCUAUAUGUAGUAUAGCACUAUAUAUUUGUAUGUGUUGUUUUAUCUGUGACAAAGUGUCCACCUUAACUAUAUUGUACAGAAAAUAUGAAAUGUAUGUUUUAGGAUUUAUUGUUCGGUUUGUACAUGAUGGCUUAUUUGCACACCUACCGCCCAAUCCAUAAUGUGGUGAUUUUAUGUUGUGAUGCUGUCGACAUAUCAAAUGAAGGAACAUGUUUUAUUGCAGCAAACAUUUGAACUUAAAUGCAGCAUGUUGAGUUUUUUUUAUACUGUAUGCAAAGGGGAACACUAGUAUAAAUCAAGGAGGGUUUUUGUGGAGGUGCCAUUUCUCCUGAGCUAUUGGUUAAGCUGGUCAGCCUAUUGUCCUGUUUCAUCAACUGGGACCAAACGGAACAUCAUUUAAUGAUGACAGAAAUGUAGGUAGUUUUAAAUGAAUGACCUCUGGGGCUAAUAGGACAGUUCUGGAAGUGAAAUGUCAUGAAAUACAGCCUGAACGAGGCCUCUAGGGAGCUGCUGACAUCAGACUGUAAGUCUUAACAUCUGUGAACGGUGCUUCUUUCAUGAGGUAGCUGCGACAUGACAUUGAUGGCACUAAGGGCCAAGUCUGCAACGACUGAAUCACAAGCGAGGAAAUCUCGGCGUUAUCGAUGUCUUAACGGAGAGCCAUAGGUCAGGGAGGGACAUUAGAACUGCUAGACAUGGACUGGCACCUCCGGCCUUGCUGACAGAUGACAGCUGGGCCACAGGAAGACGGUGAAAAGAGCUGUCUAGCUGCGUAAGCUCGUCGUUAGAAAUUACUGUUUUUCAACAUUCCUAUUGCCAGUUCAUCUCGUAUAUGCUGUUUUAUUGUGUUAAUGCCUAUUUUUGUGUUGUUGAGAUUAUUGUUAUGGUAUUUUUUAACUGCCCAUCCCCCACCCACUCCCUUGUUGUUUUCAGAUUUUCUUUUCUGUAUCUUUGGUUGAAUCUUGAAAAUGUUGUGCAAGUAAUUUUGUUUCACUCAGCUGUGAACUUUCACUGACCGUGUGCAUUUGGUUAUAUAUAUAUGUGCGUGCGUGCGUGUCUGACUGUGUAGUGCUGUAGUUGAUGUGUAGUUGUUAGUGCGACACUGCGGUAUUUUUCUCUUUGAUUGUCAGACCCGUGUUCUCUCCCCUCUUUCCUUCUACCUUUCACACUCCUCUGCCAUCGACUCUCCCCAGCAUCCACAGCCGGGGCUGCAGGUCGAUGCAGAGGAGCUCUGAAACACCAAAUGUAUGACUUAGAGUGUAUACAAUCAAAGAAAGCACAAAGGAUUUUUAGGCACAAGAGACCACAUGGCCCACUUUGAAUAUACUCGGACUACGUUCUUGGAAAACAAUGUGCUGCUUUCCCUGACAUGGUUUAAAGUCAGAGUUAUUCAAGUGGAGAAGUCGAUUGCGAUUAACUUUUUAGUCUUGUAAGAAAGUUUAUCUAUGUCUGUAAAACUUGAUCCAUAGGGCUGAGACGACAGGUCGUUAUAAGAGACCCAUGUGAUGGUGUCCACAAUGUCACCCAUCAGCAGUUAUCCACAAAAUGUAUAUCGCCUACAUAUUCUAAAUGAAUCAGAUAUAAGAAUGUAUCUUAGAUAUUAUGAGAUGUAUUAUUAUUAUCAUAGUGAAGAGUUUAUUACAUUUUAAUCUAAAGAUUUGUGCUUUACACAUUCACUGAAAAUGUUCAUGAACCAGCUCACUGAUAUGCAAUAAGUAGAAGCUGCAAACACACACUAGAAAAAACAAACAAUGGACACAGACAAAAAUAACUUCACAAUGUAUGAUGCAAGCGGGGAAUUUGGAGGCCUUCUGGGGUCUCUUCAGGGCCUCUGUUGUCUUCCUCCAAGAGGAAUCGUGCAUUCUAGCACUUUAAAAUAUAGGGACCCUCACCCCACUGUCCAUCGACAAAGUCUCUCUCUGUGGCAAAGAGGGUGUUUAUGAAUACGUGUGGUGAAUGGCACAGUUGUUCUAGACAUUGUUGACAAUGCAAUUGGAAAAAAAAAAAAUAUAUAUAUAUUGUGUUCCCUGUCACAAUUUUGUGUUCAAUAAACUGACUGUCCUGAAAUCGCCUGGUGCAGUCUGUGCUGUGGGUUA